AUUUAGGAAAAAAAUUAGGAUAAAAACAUUCUUUUUAUAUUUUCAAUAUGGAGUAAUUUUCACCAACAUUGAAAUAACUUUAGAAAACUGAUAUAUUCAGUGAAAAAAUUUUAAGUAAAUAAUCAAGGAUAAAUACAUAAAAUGAUGUGAUCCAUAAGAAAUGAAAUGAUAAAUUAUAAAUUUAUGUGUCUAUCCUGAACAUUUCUAUUUUUUUUUUUUUUUGGCAUAUCAUUGUUUUAAUACUUGAAUAUUUUUUUUUUACCAAAUUUAAAACAAUUUUGAUCGACAAUGUAGUAAUUUUGACCAUUAAUUUGGGAAUAAAAAUUUUGAUGAGAUGUUUUUUUUAUGUUUUUUUUCACCACGAUUCUUGCCUAAAGAAAUAAAAAGCAAUUUGAUAAUCGUGAACUAAGGGCCUUUUUGAAAAGUAGAUUUGAAAUUCUCCAUUCAAUUAAGUAAACGUCUCGCCGCUGUGGUAACGAUGACGGGCGGAUGUGCACAUAGCGUAGAACGCCUUCGCUGCGUCCUCUCUCUCGUCUCCGCCGCCCAUAUAACCCCCGAUGCGAGGCGGUGGGGAUGCAGGCGGAGAUGGAGUCCGAGAUAGAGCGGCUCCCGGUCGACCUCCUCGCCCACAUCUUCUCUCUCACCCUCUCGUUCAAGGAUUUGGCACAGGCGAGCGGAGUCUGUCGGAAGUGGCGGCGAGGAGUGGUGCAGUCGCUGGCGAGGAAGGAGCGACUCAGCUUCGCCGGGUGGAAUGUCGAUGACGAGUCCGCCUCCAGGGUCGUGCGGGCUGCCUACAAUAUCACGGAGCUGGAUGUUUCCAGGAGUUGCUGGGGUUGCCAGAUAACUGACCUAGGGCUGUAUAAGAUUUCACAAACAAAAUGCGUUGGUAAUCUAUUAUCAAUAUCGCUGUGGGGCGUGGCCGGAAUCACUGACAAAGGAGUAAUUCAAUUGGUGUCAAGAGCUAAUUCCUUACAACACCUAAAUAUUGGUGGUACAUUUAUCACAGAUGAAUCACUGUAUGCUGUUGCCCAUAGUUGUCCACAUAUCAAGACUAUUGUUCUAUGGAGUUGUCGCCAUGUCACAGAACAUGGCCUCAUCGAGCUUGUCAAUAAGUGUCGUAAACUUGAAGCGAUCAAUGUUUGGGGUAUGAGGGUGCCCGUGGAUUGCUUUGUGAGCUUGCUUGCCAUCAGCCCUGCUUUGAAGAUAAAGCCUAUCACCCAACAACUUGGAGUUGGGAGGAUUUGGCCAGUAGCAUAAACAACUUGACUAGGGUUGUUCAUUCAUUUGUUAGCCAAUGUGCAUAAAUAAGUGUAAUGUUUAUUUGACAUUCAUAAAUAAAUACAUUGUUGUAAUUGUGAAUAGACAGAAAUUUAAUGACAUUGAAAAAACUUAAUUGGUAUAAAUGGAAAGAAUAUAUGGAGAUUAAACACUUCAAGUGGUUU